UAGUGGUGUAAAAAGUAAAUACAGACUUUUUAUAGCAUGUUCUUUAUAAAUUAUUUAUAUAAACCACAUUUUUAUAAAUACUAAAGCUAUUAAAAGAACUAAAACAAUGCAGCGACUACGUAAAGUACUUCCAUCUUUGGCCGUAAAGCAUCACAAACUACUUAAGUCUCAUAUAAGAAAUCAACUUAGAUGCCUUUCUACAAUUGACCACCCCCCUGGAGCGGUAGAGAGAUCUACAUUCUCUAUACCACAAGGCACCUUCGGCCAAGCAACCUGUCACACCCAUCCGCACUUGAUCCAACAGGGGCAUCUUACUUGCGGGAUCACACAAAAAGAAUAUGCAGAGAGGAGAGAAACUUUAAUUAGCAGACUUGUGAGUGAAGCUCCAAAUGUGCACAAAACACAUAUUGUAGUAAUCCCAGCUGCCCGCAAACAAUUCAUGUCUGAUAAAAUACCUUAUGUGUUUAGACAGAAUUCGGACUUUUUCUAUCUUACAGGAUGUUUAGAACCUUCAGCUAUACUAGUCAUGAUUAAGCCAGCACACAGUGACACUUUUAAGAGUGUACUAUUUGUUCACGAGAAAGACAGUCAUGCAGAACUGUGGGAGGGUCCUCGAACUGGCUGCACGGCUGCCACACAGCUGUUUGCUGUGGACGAAGCUAGACCAGUUGACAGUUUUAGUGUAUACAUCAAUAAGUUAGCGGUAUCAUCCAAACCUUCCGUUCUGUGGUACCACAACGAAGCGCCUGCAAACCCUGAAAUCCACAGCACGAUACGCUCCGUGAUACGUCCUGAAACACAGGUGACGUUGGCAGAUCCACAAAGAACGCUUCACUUCAUGAGGGUGAUCAAGUCUCCAGCCGAAGUGGAGCUGAUGAAGGAGGUGUGCUACAUUGGGUCACAGAGUGUUAACACAGCAAUGGCCUGCACCAAACCCGGUAUAUCGGAGCACGCGGUGUGCUCGGUGCUGGAGCACAGCGGGCGCGUGAGUGGCGCGGAGCACAGUUCGUUCCCGGCCGUGGUCGCGGGGGCCGCCCGCGCCGCGCACAUACACUACGUCGCCAACAACCAGCUGCUCAACCACGGGGACCUGCUGCUCGUCGACUCUGGCUGUCAGCGUUGGUUGUACAACUCUGACAUCUCCCGCACGUGGCCGGUCUCCGGACUCUUCACGCGCCACCAGAGGAUCCUGUACGAGCUGGUGCUCGCCGUGCAGAAACGCUUAAUAGAAAUCCUGGGGGAGCACCGCCCCGCGCUGGACCAGCUGUUCGACAGCAUGUGCCGGCUGCUGGGCACGCAGCUGCAGCAGGAGGGGAUACUGCCCAAGAACAUCGACGGGCACGAACUGAUCUCGAUGGCGUACAGCCUGUGUCCGCACCACGUGUCCCACCACCUGGGGCUGGACGUGCACGACGCGCCGCUGGUCCGCCGCGCCACGCCCGUGCUCACCAACAUGAUCGUCACUGUCGAGCCCGGUAUCUACAUCCGGACGGACGACACCCGGGUGCCGGAGGAGUUCCGCGGCCUGGGUAUCCGUAUAGAAGACGACGUCCUCAUCACGGACGGGGACCCGCUCGUGCUCACCGACUCCUGCGCCAAGGAGGUGCAGGAUAUAGAAGCCAUAGUCGGGAAACAGGCUUACUGAUGAUCAUUCAAACCAACUUAACGUAAUUAACUAGUGCAUAUGUUUUGGACAAAAUGCGACAAAAAUAUACAAUUUAGCCUGUGAGAAAAUGAGAUAGAACAUUAUAUUGCGAAUUUGAUACGUAUUGUUUUACUAGUUUCAUGUAUGGAUUAAAACACUUAAUUAAUUAAUAAGUAUUGUUUAAUAUGAGCAGCGUACACAUAACCGAACACUGAGGAAAAAGACAAGAAGGAAGUUGAGUAAAGAGCGAGAUAGCUACAUUUUAGAAUGACAGGUAUCGAAUGCGUUCAGGAAUUGGUUUGAUUUCUCACAACUAGUAUUGUGACUUCGAACAGAUUUUACUAAGAGUUCCUUUAAUUUAGUUCCAUAGUUGUAAUAUAUGUGCAUUUUACAACUCAUUUAUCAGAA